AUGGCGUGCCAUCGUAGGCGCGUUGGCGCCUUGCUACUGGCUCCCCUGCUGCUAGGCUUCAGGCUGGAUGCCUUUGUUGCAUCCAAUCGCGCUAGCUUGUCCCACGCCCCCAGCCAGCGCUCCGGCAGGCACCCGCCCGGGAGGCUGCAGCUGACCUUGUGCCAGGCCCGCGGCGGCGCGGCGGCCGGGUCCAUGGUGGUGAUUGCCGGUCCUCCUGCGGCAGGCAAAGGCACUCAGUGCGAGAAGAUCAAGGACAAGUACGGCUUUGUCCACAUCUCCACUGGCGACAUCUUGCGGGAGAACGUGAAGCAGGGCACAGAGCUGGGAAAGAAGGCCAAGAGCUACAUGGACUCCGGCGGGCUGGUGCCCAGCGAGCUGAUUGUGGACUUGGUGAAGGACCGGCUGAUGAAGGACGAUGUCAAGGAGAAGGGGUGCCUCUUGGACGGCUUCCCACGGGCACCGGACCAGGCCCAAGCCAUGGUUGAUGCGGGCUUGGAGAUCCAGAAGUUUCUGGUGAUCAAGGUGCCCGAUGACACCUUGGUGGAGCGCGGCUGCGGGCGCCGUCUGGACCCGGAGACGGGGGAGAUCUACCAUCUGAAGUUCAGGCCGCCGCCGGAGGAGGUCGUGGAUCGCCUGGUGCACCGCAGCGACGACCAGGAGGACAAGAUCCGAGAGCGCCUCAAGAACUACCACUCUCAGAUCGAUGGCAUCACGCCCUUCUUCAAGGACGUGCUCUACGAGGUGGAUGGCACUGGCAAGCCGGAUGCGGUCUUUGACAUCAUCCAGGAAGAUCUUGACAAGAUGUGA